AUGGCACUAAACAAACUCAGCAUUGAUGCAUUAAGUCUCAGCGGAAAACGGGUUUUGAUGCGAGUCGACUUUAAUGUGCCGCUUAAAGAAGGAGUAAUCACUAACAAUCAACGCAUAGUGGCAGCUCUUGAUUCUGUUAAAUAUGCCCUGGAUAAAGGUGCAAAAUCAGUAGUACUAAUGUCACAUUUGGGUCGACCGGACGGUCAAACUAAUCUAAAAUAUACUUUAAAGCCCGUGGCAGAAGAACUGAAAAAACUUUUAAACAAGGAUGUGACUUUUCUAUCAGACUGCGUUGGCCCUGAAGUAGAGGCUGCUUGUGCUGAUCCACCUGCAGGUUCCAUAAUUUUACUAGAAAAUUUGAGAUUUCAUAUUGAGGAAGAGGGCAAAGGUGUAGAUGCUAGUGGAGCCAAAGUGAAGGCUGACCCUGAAAAGGUUAAAUCUUUUAGGGCUAGCCUAAGGAAGUUGGGAGAUGUUUACAUCAAUGAUGCCUUUGGAACAGCCCAUAGAGCUCACAGCUCCAUGAUGGGAGAAGGUUUUGAGCAAAGAGCCAGUGGUUUCUUACUCAAAAAAGAACUCCAAUAUUUUGCAAAAGCUCUUCAUGAACCUGAAAGGCCAUUUUUGGCUAUCCUUGGUGGAGCUAAGGUUGCUGACAAAAUUUUGCUGAUAGAGAACUUGCUUGAUAAAGUGAAUGAGAUGAUCAUUGGUGGAGGUAUGGCUUACACAUUCCUAAAGGAAACCAAGGGUAUGGCUAUUGGAAAUUCUCUGUAUGAUGCAGAAGGUGCUAAGAUUGUUACUAAAUUAUUGGAAAAAGCAGCAAAAAAUAAUGUUAAAGUACAUUUGCCUGUAGACUUUGUUACAGCUGAUAAAUUUGACGAAAAUGCGCAGGUUGGAUCUGCUGAUGUUGAAUCUGGCAUCCCUGAUGGAUGGAUGGGUCUUGAUAUUGGUCCAAAAACAAGGGAACUCUUUGCUGAACCUAUUGCGAGGGCUAAAGUUAUUGUAUGGAAUGGGCCUGCUGGUGUAUUUGAAUUCGAAAAGUUUGCUGGCGGCACCAGAGCUCUGAUGGACUGCGUUGUAAAGGCAACGAACAGUGGAGCUAUAACGAUUAUUGGUGGUGGUGACACUGCAACAUGUUGUGCCAAGUGGGGCACAGAAGAUAAAGUAUCCCAUGUUUCGACUGGUGGUGGCGCAUCGCUGGAAUUGCUUGAGGGUAAAGUGCUACCUGGUGUAGCCGCACUCUCCGAUGCUUAA